UUUGGCGGGCGCCCGCGGGGCGUCGCGGCGGCUUGUGAGGCGCGGUUCUCGCGAUGUGGCUGGCGUCGGGCCGCUCCCGGGUCCCCGCGGCCCUGUGGCUGCUGCUGUUGGCUUUGCGUGAGGCGGCGGCUUUGGACCCCGUGAGCGUGGGCCUGGCCAUCGGGGUGGUGUCGGCGUUCACCGGCUACCUGUCCUACGAGGACUGGUUCUGCCGCUUCGCCGAGUGCUGCGACGCCGAGCGGCCGCUCAACGCCUCCGCUCUCAAGCAGGAUUUGAAGGAGAAGCUAUUCGGACAGCACCUGGCCACAGAAGUGAUUCUCAAGGCGCUGAUCGGUUUUAAGAACAACAAAAACCCCAAGAAACCUCUCACCUUGUCCCUGCACGGCUGGGCUGGCACAGGGAAGAACUUCGCCAGCCAGAUCAUGGCGGAGAAUCUGCACCCACGAGGCCUGAAGAGUAACUUUGUCCACCUGUACGUGUCCACCUUGCACUUCCCCCACGAGCAGAAGAUAAAACUGUACCAGGACCAGCUGCAGAAGUGGAUCCGUGGAAAUGUGAGCGCCUGCCCCACCUCGGUGUUCAUUUUUGACGAGAUGGACAAGCUGCACCCCGGAGUCAUUGACGCCAUCAAGCCCUUUCUUGACUACUAUGAGCAGGUGGACGGGGUGUCCUACCGCAGGGCCAUCUUCAUCUUCCUCAGCAAUGCGGGCGGGGACCUCAUCACCAGGACGGCGCUGGACUUCUGGCGAGCAGGGCGGAAGCGGGAGGAGAUCCGGUUAAAGGACCUUGAGCCGGUGCUAUCCGUGGGGGUCUUCAACAACAAGCACAGUGGCCUGUGGCACAGCACCCUGAUAGACCGGAACCUCAUCGACUACUUCAUCCCCUUCCUGCCGCUGGAAUACCGGCACGUGCAGAUGUGCGUGCGCGCGGAGCUGCAGGCCCGUGGGGCCGCCGUGGACGAGGAGGUGGUCAGCAGGGUGGCGCAGGAAAUGACCUUCUUCCCCAAGGACGAGAUGGUCUACUCCAACAAAGGCUGCAAGACCGUGCAGUCACGGUUGGAUUUCUACUGAGCCAGCCUGGCCUUACCGGAGGACUCUGAAGACCCUCUGGGGUCUGCACAUUUGCACCUGAGGGACCUCGGGUCCCACGUGACUGGUUGUGGAUGGUGGGCAGCUCUCAGGUCACCCUCCACUGCUGCCUUCACCAGUGCCUUAAAACGGCUGUGUGGCCAGGAAGCCACUGCUAGGGCUUUUGGGGUCCCUGGCACCCCAUGGGGUGCCCCAUGCCACCCGCUAGGGUCGCUCCCCUCCCAUCUUGCUGCUGCUUUGCACAGAGCCCUCAUCGGCUCAAAUGGAUCCUGCAACAGGUGGCACCAGUGGCGGCCUGGCCACAAUGAAGGUAUGGCACUGGGCACCCAUGGCACAGCCCUGGCCCCCACAGAGCAGGAUGCGUAGGAUCCUGGGUUAGGCUCCACUCUGUGUAUAAGUGACGGCCCUGGCUGUGGUGUCCCCUCACCCAUGUCCCCUUCUGCCCAGCCCCCUCCUCUGAUCACGAUCACUAUGAGAUCCCUGGCCCCACCCUUACUAGGGCCAGCAGUGGCCCACUGGGGCCAGGAUGCCUGCAGUGACAGAUUUGCCUGUCAUGUGGUCAGGCUGAGUCCCACAGAACCGCUGUGACUCCGUGGGGCAAAGCUGGCCUGGGGUGCAUGCGUGUCAUCCCAGCCCUCUGGAGGCUGAGGUGGGGUUUUAAGUCCAGCCUAGGGGUGCGCGCCUCUAGACGCUCAAGUUUCUGAGGAUAUUUAUGUUUUUAUGAUGUCUUCACUCCUCGAAGUGUACGAGUUGCUUUUAUGUUGGUUUCUGAGGUAGGGUCUCACUGUGUAGCAUGGUCUCAAACUCCAAAAUCCUGCCUCAGCCUCCCAAGUGUUGGAAUGUCAUGAGAGGGUACCUUGCCCAGUGGGGUUGUGAAUUUUAUUUUAUUUUUAUUUUUUUUUUGUGUGGUCUUUUCCCUUUUUUAUCGGUACCGGGCAUCGAACUCACGACUGCCUGCUUGCAAGGCAGGCACUUAUGCCGCUUGAGCUAAAUCCCCAGCCUCCAUGGGGUUGUGAAUUUUAAAGUGAAGGAAGAAACACAUGGCAUCA